AUACUUUUUUUUGUUAGAUCUUAAUGUAUAUUCUUGUAUAAAAUAAUGAAUACUUACGUUUUUACUAAUUUGACAAUGAAUGUAAUUAAUUGGUAUUAACUUCUAAUGGUAUGUUACUAUACAUAGGUGUAGUACAAUCCAAAAACGCACCAAAACUUUAAUUAAAGAUACUUCUUUUAUAACGUCUUACAGUUACUUUAUAUUAUUUAAAAUUUUGGCUAUAUAUAACCACAGAGAUAGAUAAUUCAUGUUGUGAGUAGUAAAAUAAUCAUUAUCAAUUUUAUAUUUCUUAAAUUUUAACUUUAGGAUGGCAUCAUCGAAACUUUACUUUGUUGCUCUUUUAAUCAUUGCUUCAGUUUUCAUUGAUGUUCAAUCCACUCGAAUUAUGGAUGCUUGGUCGGAUUGUGAUUUCAGAGGACCUUGUAAGAAGAAAGAAGAUUGUUAUGAUAGAUGUGAAGUGGACAGACCACCUUUUAAUAAUGCUAUAUGUGUACCUUUCGGACGCAGUCGUCAAUGUUGUUGUAUUUUAUCGUGAGAUUUUGAGAAUUUUCUUCAAGUUAAUUCAUGUCAAAAAACUUCAAAUAAAAUAAUAUAUGUCAAGUUAUUCACUAUAAAAGAUCAGUGAAUUGUGUUAUAUA